GAUCGUUGCUACCUGUGUCUGAUGGGGGCUCUUCAGUUAGAUCUUGGUGGGGCUCCAGCAGGCCCAGCUGGAACAGGGAAGACGGAGACCACUAAGGACCUGGCCAAGGCUCUGUCCAUCCAGUGUGUCGUCUUCAACUGUUCUGAUGGACUGGACUACAAGAUGAUGGGGAAGUUCUUCAGUGGUCUGGCCCAAUCAGGGGCCUGGUGUUGUUUUGAUGAGUUUAACCGCAUCGACAUUGAGGUGCUGUCUGUCAUCGCCCAGCAACUCAUUACUAUCCGCAAUGCCAAGAUGGCCAAGCUGUCCAGGUUCAUGUUUGAGGGCAGAGAGAUCAAGCUGGUGAUGACAUGUGCUGCCUUCAUCACUAUGAACCCAGGCUACGCUGGACGCACUGAGCUCCCUGACAACCUCAAAGCCCUGUUCAGACCCAUAGCCAUGAUGGUGCCCAACUAUGCCCUGAUCGCUGAGGUGAUCCUCUACUCUGAGGGUUUUGAGUCCAGUAAGACUCUGGCCCGAAAGAUGACCCAGAUGUACAAGCUGUGUUCUGAGCAGCUCUCCCAACAGGACCACUAUGACUUCGGCAUGAGGGCCGUCAAGUCUGUCCUCGUCAUGGCAGGCUCUCUGAAGAGAGAGAACCCCCACCUGAGUGAAGACGUGGUUCUGAUCAGGGCUCUGAGAGACUCCAAUCUGCCCAAGUUCCUCACAGACGAUGCUGCGCUCUUUGGUGGCAUCAUGUCUGACCUGUUCCCUGGCGUGUCCAUCCCUGAACAUGACUACGGUGUUCUCCAAACCACCAUCCUGGAGUCUCUAGUGAAACGCAACCUGCAGCCCCUACCCAGCAUGACGCACAAGGUGAUCCAGCUGUAUGAGACCAUGAUAGUACGUCAUGGUGUGAUGUUGGUGGGGCCUACAGGUGGAGGGAAGACCACGGUCUACUCCAUCCUGUCUGAUACCUUAGAUACCCUGUGGCAGGCUGGCCACGGGAAACACAACCCCUUUUACCUCCCGGUCAAGACAUACGUCCUCAACCCCAAGUCUGUCACCAUGGGAGAGCUCUACGGAGAGGUGAACAUAUUGACCCUGGAGUGGCGUGACGGCCUGAUGGCGCUCAGCGUGCGAGCGGCCUGCAAUGACACCAGCGAUGACCACAAGUGGAUCGUGUCGGACGGUCCGGUGGACGCGCUGUGGAUUGAGAAUAUGAACACGGUCCUGGACGACAACAAGAUGCUGUGUCUGGCCAACAGCGAACGCAUCAAACUGACCCCGUCUAUACACAUGGUGUUUGAGGUCCAGGACUUAUCGGUGGCGUCCCCAGCCACAGUGAGUCGCUGUGGGAUGGUCUACAUCGACUCUAACGAACUCAAAUGGAUGCCCUAUGUCCAGACCUGGAUCACUGGCCUGGCUAAAAAGCUCCCUGAAGCGGUGUGUGUGUACCUGUUGGCGUUGUUUGAGCAGUACGUGGAAAAGGGUCUUCAGUUUGUGUGGAAGCGUUGUGUCCAGGCCAUGGGCCAGGUGGACAUCAGUAAGGUCACUACCCUCUGCUGCCUGUUGGAGGCGCUGCUGCUGGGAGACGGAAGACCAGACCUCAAGAUGGAAGCUAAGCACCUGAACAGUGUGUUGUGUCAGACGUUUGUGUUCUGCUACCUGUGGUCUGUGGGGGGUAACCUGACUGACAGCCACUGGGAUGCCUUCGACAGCUUCGUCAGACAACAGUUUGAAGACAAUAAUGAUGCCAAGGUUAGUAGGCUCGGGGACCUGUGGAGUGUGUUCAUGGACUUCAACCACAAGCGUCUGGAGCCGUGGGAGAGGAUCAUCCCCUCCUUUAGGUACAACAAGGAACUGCCCUUCUUUGAGAUGCUGGUUCCCACCACCGACACGGUGCGUUAUGGCUACCUGAUGGAGAAGCUGCUGUCUGUAGGACACUCUGUUCUCUUCACCGGCAUCACCGGAGUAGGAAAGUCUGUGGUGGCCCGUGGUCUUCUGAACAGUGUCCAGGAGAAGGGAGGCUAUGUUCCCGUCUAUAUCAACUUCUCAGCCCAGACCACCUCGGCCAGAACACAGGAGAUGAUCGAGUCCAAACUGGAGAAGAAGAGGAAGAACAUUCUGGGUGCUCCUGGUAACAGAAAGAUAGUGAUCUUUGUGGAUGAUCUGAACAUGCCUAAAUUGGACACCUACGGCUCCCAGCCUCCAAUAGAACUGCUCAGACAGUUCCAGGACUUCCACGGCUUCUACGACCGUGAGAAGUUCUUCUGGAAGGAGAUCCAGGACAUGACGAUCGCGGCGGCCUGCGCUCCGCCUGGAGGGGGCCGUAACCCGGUGACCCCUCGUUUCAUCCGCCACUUCAGCAUGCUGUGUCUGCCCACUCCCUCCGAACACAGCCUCAAACAGAUCUUCAAUGCCAUCCUCAGUGGUUUCCUCAGUGAGUUCCCCCAGGCGGUGAGGUCUUCAGCAGGCAGCAUCGUAGACGCAGCAGUAGAGAUCUACCACCGCAUGUCUGUGGACCUCCUGCCUACACCAGCCAAGUCCCACUACGUCUUCAACCUCAGGGACCUCUCCAAGUGUGUCCAGGGUAUGUUGCAGUGUGAGCCAGGCACGGUGAGGGAUCAGACUGGGAUAUUCCGUCUGUUCUGUCACGAGUGUCAGAGAGUGUUCCACGACCGACUCAUCAACAACGAAGACAAAACCUACUUCAACACCAUCGUCUCUGAGAUGGCCAGCAAAUAUUUUGGCUUCAAUUUAGAACCCAAUUACUUUGUGACCAAACCCAUCAUAUUUGGAGAUUUCAUCAAGGUGGGUGCAGAGAAGGCAGAUCGUCUGUAUGAGGACCUAACAGAGCCAGAUAAGAUCAGGGCUGUGCUCCAGGACUACCUGGAUGACUACAACAUGACCUUCUCCAAGGAGACCAAGCUGGUGUUCUUCCAGGACGCUGUAGAACACGUCUCCAGGAUAGCGCGUAUGAUCCGCCAGGAGCGCGGUAACGCCCUAUUGGUGGGCGUGGGGGGCACGGGGAAACAGUCACUGACGCGGCUGGCGGCCCACAUGUGCGGCAUGCGCUGCUUCCAGAUAGAACUGAGCCGAGGAUACAACUACGACAGCUUCCAUGAAGACCUGAGACGACUGUUCAAGAUGGCUGGGGUGGAGGGCAAGGACAUGGUGUUCCUCUUCACUGACACACAGAUCGUGGUGGAGGAGUUCCUAGAGGACAUUAACAACAUGUUGAACAGUGGAGAGGUGCCCAACCUGUUUGAGAAGGAUGAUCUGGAGCAGGUCCUGGCUGCCACACGGCCCAGAGCCAAGGAGGCCGGCAUUAAUGAGGGAAACCGAGACGAGGUGUUCCAGUUCUUCAUCUCUCGGGUCAGAGAGAAGCUGCACAUUGUGUUGUGUAUGAGUCCUGUAGGAGAUGCCUUCAGGUCCCGCUGUCGUAUGUUCCCCUCUCUGGUCAACUGCUGCACCAUCGACUGGUUUGUACAGUGGCCCCGUGAGGCCCUCCUCUCCGUGUCCCAGACCUUCUUCCAAAACGUGGAGUUUGGCAGUGAGGAGAUGAAGGAUCGUUUCAGUGAGAUGUGUGUGGAGAUCCACGUCAGUGUGACAGACAUGGCCGAGAGGUUCUACUCUGAGCUGAGACGACGUUACACUACUCCCACCUCUUACCUGGAACUGAUUAACCUCUACCUGGCCAUGUUGGGAGAGAAGAGACAGCAACUAGUGGCUGCUCGUGACAGGGUAAAGAAUGGUCUGACUAAGCUGUUGGAGACCAACGUGUUGGUGGAUAAGAUGAAGGUAGACCUGUCAGCUCUGGAGCCUGUCCUCAAACAAAAGUCUAUAGACGUCAACGCCCUCAUGGGGAAACUAGCCGUGGACCAGGAGAGUGCAGACAAGGUGCGUAAAGUGGUGAAGGAGGAUGAGGCCCUGGCCAAGGUGAAGGCUGAGGACACCCAGGCCAUAGCAGCAGACGCUCAGAGGGAUCUAGACGAGGCUCUGCCUGCUCUGGAAGGUGCCAACAAGGCCCUAGACUCACUGGACAAGGCAGACAUCUCAGAGAUCAGGGUCUUCACCAAACCACCUGACAUGGUCAUGACUGUCAUGGAGGCCGUCUGCAUCCUGCUGGGCAGCAAACCAGACUGGUCCAGUGCCAAGCAGGUGCUGGGUGACUCCUACUUCCUCAGGAAGCUGAUGGAAUAUGACAAGGAAAACAUUAAGCCCCAGAUUCUCCAGAAGCUUCAGAAGUAUGUGAACAACCCAGACUUUGUCCCUGAGAAGGUGGAAAAGGUGUCCAAGGCCUGCAAGUCCAUGUGUAUGUGGGUCCGGGCCAUGGACCUCUACUCCAGAGUCCUCAAGGAGGUCGGACCCAAGAAAGAAAGACUGGCCGCCGCACAGACAGAGCUGAACGCUACCAUGGCAACCCUGAAGGAGAAGCAGGCCCAGCUACAGGAAGUACAGAACAAGAUUAAGAUCCUCCAGGACCAGUUUGACCAGAGCAUCGCAGAGAAGGAGGGUCUGGCUAAGACCAUGGCUCUGACCGAGGCGAGGCUGGGCCGUGCAGGGAAACUGACAGCAGCUCUGGGGGAUGAGCAGGUUCGCUGGCAGGAGAGCAUCGAACUGUUUGAACAGGAGAUCCAUAACGUGGUGGGAAACGUCUUCAUCGCUGCAGCCUGCGUGGCGUACUACGGAGCCUUCACAAUGCACUAUAGACAACUGCUGAUAGACCAGUGGAUUGUGCGAUGCCAGGAGUUGGGCAUCCCCAUCAGUGCCAGCUUCAGCCUCAUCAACAUCCUGGGUGACCCCUAUGAGAUCCGCCUGUGGAACGCCGAGGGGUUGCCCCGGGACACCGUUUCCACUGAGAAUGGAAUCCUGGUUACCCGUGGACGCCGCUGGCCACUCAUGAUCGACCCUCAGGAUCAGGCCAACCGUUGGAUCCGUUCCAAGGAGACCAAGAACGGUCUGAAGGUGAUCAAGCUGACCGACUCUGGUUUCCUGCGAACCCUGGAGAACGCCAUCCGCAUGGGCAUGCCCGUACUGCUGGAGGAGCUGAAGGAGACUGUGGACCCGGCUCUGGAGCCCAUCCUGCUGAAGCAGACGUUUGUGGCGGGCGGCCGCACCCUCAUCCGCCUUGGAGACUCCGACAUUGACUACAACAAGAAAUUCAGGUUCUACAUGACCACCAAGAUGGCCAACCCACACUACCUGCCUGAGGUGUGUAUCAAAGUGACCAUCAUCAACUUCACCGUUACCAAGUCUGGUCUGGAGGACCAGCUUCUCAGUGACGUGGUUCGUCUGGAGCGUCCUGACCUGGAGGAACAGAGGAACCAGCUGAUUGUGAGGAUCAACGCCGACCGCAACCAGCUGAAGGCCAUCGAGGACCGCAUCCUCAAACUGCUCUUCAACUCCAAGGGAAACAUCCUGGACAAUGAGGAGCUGGUGCAGACACUGCAGGAGUCAAAGGUGACGUCAGAGGCCAUUAAGCAUCGUUUGGAGGAGGCCGAGGCGACAGAGCUGAUGAUCAACGCGGCCAGGGAGCGCUACCGGCCCGUGGCCACACGAGGCUCCGUCAUGUACUUUGUCAUCGCCAGCCUCUCUGAGAUAGACCCCAUGUACCAGUUCUCCCUCAAGUACUUCAAGCAGCUCUUUAACUCCACCAUAGAGAUAUCAGAGAAGAGCAGUGUUCUGGAAGAGCGCCUGCAGAUCCUCCUGGACCAGACCCUGCUCACCAGCUACACCAACAUAUCCCGCGGCCUGUUUGAGCAGCACAAGACCAUCUACAGCUUCAUGCUUUGUGUGGACAUCAUGCGCCAGCAUGGGGAGGUCACUGACGCAGAGUGGCAGCACUUCCUGCGAGGAGCGCCCCCUAGACAAGGUAGUUAGGAUCAUCCAGAGAGGCCUGAGGUGCCAUGGCUGUCAGAGUUUACCUGGCAGACAUGCUGUGAGCUGGAGGACACGCUGCCCUGCUUCAACGGCAUCAAGAGAGAGAUCACCGCCACACCCAUCUCUAUAAAACUAGGUCGUCUGGAAGUGUGUUUCAACCCAGAGAACUGGCAGGGCUACGUGUCUGACUCCCAGCUGCCUUACUCAGAGGAGAUGUCUGAAGAAGAGAAGGAAAAGGCAAACGGGGUCAGGGGUCACUGGGAUCAGAGACUGGGGGCCUUCCAGAAACUGGUGCUCAUCAAGAGCUUCAUGGAGGAGAAGGUGGUGUUUGCGGUGACAGAGUUUGUGAUCGUGAGCCUGGGGAAACAGUUUGUAGAGAACCCUCCUGUUGACCUGGCCACUCUCUACAGUGACAUGUCUCCCUCCACCCCCCUGGUCUUCAUCCUCAGUACUGGAUCAGACCCCAUGGGAGCCUUCCAACGCUUCGCCAAGGAGAGGGGAUACCUGGACAGGGUGAGGUCUAUCUCUCUAGGUC